AUGAGCGCGCAGGAACCGUCGCGCCCCCAGAGCGACCACCGGGACGUUGACUCUGCCCAUCAUCAAGGCCGUAGCGCCAGUCCAGAGGGCGAGCGCCCUCCAUUGCCUCCGAGACCGAACACGCUGAGCUUGUUAAAUGACGAAGUGUCAUCACCCGCGACCUUACAGGCGGAGGCCACAACUGCGGUGUCACGCACGGAAAUUGGGACUCGGUCUCCAGACGGCCGAACAAGCGCCUACUCGACCCUGGCAGGGCGUGGGCUUCCCCGGGGUGUGAAGGCGAGAGCAAGCUUAGGUCACCUGGCAAGCCCUCGAGGCAGUGAGGCGGGCGACUCAGCUAGUAUUCGAAGCUCGAUCCAGAACGGGGAUGUCGCGGACUCGGAUGCAUUGUUCAAGGACUUUGUCGCUACAGCCCCUGGGGGCCACCUGCAGGAUACAACCGGCUUGCUUCAGUUCCCUGAAUUUUCGGCAGACAAUGUGGACGAUGAUACGUUCCUGGGCGAGUUUGAACCAGUGGGCGAGCUGGACGAGAAAGGCGACAACGAAGCGAAGCUGAAACACUUUCUCAUUCUCUCUGCGGCGGGAAAGCCAAUCUGGACACGCCAUGGCGACGGCGGAUUAAUUUCAUCAUAUGUCGGGGUGGUCCAAACCAUCAUUUCGUUCUACGAGGACUCUGAAGAUCGUCUACGAAGCUUUACAGCCGGUGACACUCGAUUCACCGUCGUCACCAAGGGCCCCCUGCAUCUGGUUGCAAUCAGCCGCAUGAUGGAGAGCGAAACCCAGCUCCGGCUGCAGCUUGAGGCUCUGUAUAUGCAGAUCUUAUCUACCUUGACCCUCCCUUCGCUCGAACAUCUGUUCUCAGUUCGCCCGUCAACUGAUCUGAAGCGACCCCUCCAAGGCACCGAGACCCUUCUUUCUACCCUAGCGGACAGUUUUACUCGAGGAUCGCCUUCCACGCUACUAUCGGCCUUGGAAUGCCUAAAAAUUCGCAAAACCCACCGUCAAACCAUUAAUAACGCUCUAAUGAAGAACAAGGUCAGCAACCUGUUAUACGGCUUGGUUGUGGCCGGCGGACGACUGGUCAGCGUUGUUCGGCCAAGAAAGCACUCGCUCCAUCCGGGUGACCUGCAGCUACUUUUCAACAUGAUAUUCGAGGCCGAGGGUGUCAAAGCCGGUGGUGGCGAGAGCUGGAUCCCCGUUUGUCUCCCUGGCUUCAACAGCAAUGGUUACCUAUACAUGUACGUCAGCUUUCUCGACCUACGAGGCGAUGCCGACAACAACGAAGAAGACCCCACUGUGAAAGGCGAAUCUGUCGCCAUUGUUUUGAUCAGUCCCGACAAAGAAAGCUUCUUUGAAAUGCAAGGGAUGCGCAAUUCUCUUGUAGAGGUAAUACUGCAUUCAUUCCUUUUAGCAUUUUGCUUGUUACUGACCUGA